AAAUCGCUUGUUCCAACGCAUGUUGAAACGUAUACAUAGAUUAUAAUUUUACAAAAAACUUUUGUAGCCUAUUUUAUUUUAAAUGUUGUAUUAUUUUGUAUCUAUAUUAUGAAUAUAUAUUUUUUCUUUUUUAUUUUUGUAAUUGUAUUUGUAUUUUUCCGGUCAGUUAACUUUUUUCUCUACUGUGGCUCGUUUUAUGCUCUCUCAUGCAGCUCCGUGAUUCACAGUCGCGCUGAUAAAGAAAGACGCGUCGCGUCGCGUCUCUCAGGGAGGCGGUGAGAUGAGCGCACUUUGAACUGAGACCCGCAAUGACAGUCGGCUCUUUGAGGCUCAGUGUCAUGGUAAACAGUUUGAAGACCCUGUGCUUGAGAAAAGCAUGAAUUCAUUGGAAACGAGAGUCCACUGUUGAAGAACCGACUGCAGGCAGUGCAUUCUGGAGGCAUGUGUAGUCCUCUGAGCGGUAAGCAGCAGCCGGCUGGUCCGGGCCUCACAGAUCUGCAGCAGUACAGUCAGUGGUUGGCCAGUAGACAUGAGGCCAGUUUGCUGCCCAUGAAGGAAGACCUGGCGCUCUGGCUCUCCAGUAUGCUGGAUGUGGAAAUCACAGCCGAGAGCUUCAUGGACAGGUUAGACAACGGUUUCCUGUUGUGCCAGCUGGCUGAAACUCUGCAGGAGAAGUUCAGGCAAAAUGACUCAGGUGUGAGUUCACCAGGAAAGUCGAUCCCCAGUCGCAGGAUUCCUUGCCGAGCCAACGCCGCGUCUGGUUCCUUUUUCGCCAGGGACAACACAGCCAACUUCCUGUCAUGGUGUCGAGAGGUGGGCGUAGGUGACACCUGUCUGUUUGAGUCAGAUGGGCUUGUUUUACACAAACAGCCAAGAGAAGUUUGUCUAUGCCUGCUGGAGCUGGGAAGAAUAGCAUCCAGGUAUAAGGUAGAGCCACCUGGACUUAUAAAGCUGGAGAAAGAGAUUGAACAGGAAGAGAAGAGACCUGAGCCUCCACUCUCACCUGUACCUCCUGCUUCCGAUUCUCAAUCUCCAUCCGUUUCUCCGUCCAUCUCUCCAUCUAUCUCUCCAUCUAUCUCUCCAUUCAGCAAGACAAACUCCAGCAGAAAAAGUACCGGCAAGCUACUGGAUGAUGCUGUGAAGCACAUUUCUGAAGAUCCACCUUGUAAGUGCCCAAAUAAGUUCUGCAUAGAGCGACAAUCACAGGGCCGUUACCGUGUUGGAGAGAAAAUGCUUUUCAUCAGAAUGCUGCAUAAUAAACAUGUGAUGGUGCGUGUUGGUGGAGGCUGGGAGACGUUUGAGAGCUACCUGCUAAAGCAUGACCCAUGUCGCAUGCUCCAGAUCUCUCGUGUGGAAGGCAAGAUCUCGCCCAUCUCUGGCAAAUCUCCAAACAUCAAAGACCUUGCGCCUGACAGCUACCUGGUAGUGGCGGCCCACUACAAAAGCAAGAAGUAAAGAAGAAAUGUACUAAUGAAACAAUGACUUUUAAUGUAACUUUGAAGCACAGCUCACUGGCUAGCCGUUGUAGACACCACAAGGACAUGUGAACUUCCAUUGGCUUCUAAAACUAACUAAAUAGAUCAGCUAGUUUGAUAAUGUAUAACUAAGAUACGAAGGGAACUGGAAAACAGAAUCUAGGUUGUUUUAUUUGUAUACCAUUUUCUUUUCUUUUGUGUAAUAACCUUAUACAUUCGAUCUUGACAAAUGAAAUCGCUGGUUGAAUUCAAAUAUUCACUUCUACCCUGGUGGCUGUUCCCGUAAUUGCUUCAUUUGCUGACAAUAUUAAUGAUUUUUUAUGGGGCUACUAUUAUUAUUAUUAUCUUCUUUUGAUGUCAUGAUAUAUAGUUUCAGGCAUUUAUUGUAUUUGACUGUGAUGGCCUUGCUCUUUUGGAAAAUGGAAUCUAAUCAGCCAAUCAUGCAGAUGAAUAGACCCUGAAGCCAUAAAAGCAUAAAGGCAUGAUCAAGUGGUUAAGCUGUUGUUCUUGCCAAACAUCACAAUAGGAAGAAAUGUGAUGUAGAUGACUGUGACCUUGAAAUGGUGGUUUUAGAAACUGCUGAUCUCAUCCAGUGAGCGACAGUUCUAGGUCAAAGGAGAAUAGCCAGACUGGAAGCUUCGCAGAAGAACAUACCUGAACGCACAUCACAUUAAACCUUUGAAGUCCGCAAAGAAGAGGAAACUCAAACAUGAGUUCAGUGUAAUCCAGUGGUCCAUCCUAGAACUCAAUCCAAUAAAAAAAAAAAAAAAAAUCUG